AUGAAGUGGACUAUAUUCUUUUUAAUUGGAAUGAUUUUAGGGAUAGUUCCCGAUGCCCAUGACCUCAUUAAUCGAGCUGUGGAUGCAGUGUCUAUACGAGAUCUUUUACAAAUAUCGGAUUUAUCAGAAUUGUCGAAUUUUUGGAAUAGUUUAAAUAAUAUUAAGUAUGAUACUGGUAGAUUACUUAUUGGUAAAACUGGAGGUUCAAUUUGGUCUAAAGCUACCAUCCCUAAAAAUGAUGAAUGGACUGUGGAAUUUGUAUUUAGAAGUUCAGGAAUCGAUAAAGACUUAGCUUUUGGUGAUUAUAAUGGAUUAUCAUUAUUCUUAGUUGAAGAUAAAACCUCCAAUACUGCAAAUUUUGGAGGUCCUGAUAAAUUUGAUGGAUUCCAAUUCUUGAUUAAUACUAAAGAGAAACAAGGUUUGAAGAUUUUUGCUAAUGAUGGGACCAAAAAAGUUGAAAAUAGUUUAUCUGAUUCCAUUGGAGAUUGUCAAUUUGUUUAUCUUAAUUCUCAAGUACCUUUCAAUAUGAGAAUAUCAUACUCAGAAGCUCAAAGUAUAUUCAAAGUUCAAAUCGAUAAUAACUUAUGUUUCAAGACCGAUAAGAUUAAGAUUCCUAAUAAACUUAAACUUGGAAUUGCUGGUAAUGUUAGUCCUGCUAGUGAAGAAAUGUUUGAAAUUUUGAAAUUGAAAACUUGGGAUUAUAUGACUGAAGAUGCCAUUGAUGACCAUGGAUUAAUGAGUGAUGGAGAAUUGAAAAUUGCUUAUAAAACUGUUGUUGAAGAUCGUAAUCAAAUCAGUACACCAGCUCAAAUCAGAGAAUCAUUACAUGAAAAGAAUCGGAAAUUUCAAGAACAAUUGGCUAAAGAUUCAACCAAUGAGUUUGAUAGAUCAAUCACUUUUGAUUCUUCAAGAUAUAAUGAAAUCAUUCAACAAAAUAAUCGUUUACAAUCAAGAUUAGAUUCUCUUGAAACAAUCCUUCUCAAUUUACAAAAAGAUAAUGGUCAAGUUGUGGGUAACGAUAAAACACUUGAAAAUUUCCAAAAUACCAUAACUACCCAAUAUGCUGAAUUACUUGAAUCUAUUGCUAGAUUGAAUCAAAAAGUUAUCAGUGAAGUUAGAGAACAACAAUUUACUAUUGAUGAAUUAGGUAAGAAAGUUGAUUUAUUGAUGAAUCAUCAUAAAGAGAUUAAAUUCCAAAAUGAUAAACCAAUUAACACUUAUGAAGCAGCUUCUAAUACCAUUAGGUAUAUCUUAUUUGUUAUAGUAUUCAUAGUAUUAUUAUUGGCUAUAUUUGUUUAUAGAUUAAGACAUGAUAUAAAACAUUCCAAGUUAUUAUAA